CCCAGAGCUCUGGCAUGACUUACCCUUGGAAGAUCAGGAAACAGUCGGUGCUUCUUUGGGAAAGAAACAUCGCCUGCAAUGUUUUGCUCACACACUUCAGCUGGUGGUGAGAGAUGGCCUGACAGAGACCAAAGUGGCAUCUCCUGCCCUUUCAAAGCUAUCUAAGCUCAGCUCACUGCUGCACACAAGCACAACAUUGAAAGAUGUGUUUGAAGCUGAAUUUGGUGAACGGAAAAGCAUUCCUGCUUCUGUAAUCACAAGAUGGAAUUCAACAGUGAGACAAGUGAAGGCGGUUCUUCAAUGUGAACAUCUAAAACUCUGUGCUAUUCUUGAAAAGGCCGGGCACAAGAAGUUGUUGUUCACAAUACGAGAGUGGAACUUGUUGAAGGAGAUGGUGGACAUCUUGAAACCGUUUGAAGAAGCAACUGAUUUGACACAAGGUGAGAAAAUAGUCACGAUCAGUGCUGUUGUUCCAUCCGUGCUGUCCCUCAAUCACCACCUUGAGAAACUGAAGCCGCAAGUCCGUUUCCUGAAUGGUCUGGUCAGCAGUCUCCAGGCAUCUUUGAACAAAAGAUUUCUUGGAAUUUUUAUCAGUGUACAAAUGGCGAGAGCAGAAGAAGGGAUCACUGCACCCUUUUCAGAUCCAGUGUACCUCAAAGCAGCUGCUUUGGAUCCAGCGUUUUCUCUGUUGUGGGUGGAACACCAUGUGUUGGGCAGUCAGGACAUGAAGACAGAAGUGACACAAAAAGUUAAAGAUCUGAUCCUGGAAAAUGCUGCAGAUCCUGCAAAGUUGGAGCAACACGUGACUCCUGGUGAUAAAGAUCAAAAGGACUGUGAAGAUGGAGGACUGUUUGCUGCUUAUUGUAAGAGGCAGAAGAAGGAUGUCCAGACAAGUCCAGCACUACAGCUAAGUCAUUACCUCCAUAUUGCUGAUGGACAGAACGCCCUCUUGUUCUGGGCAAUGAACAUGCACACUCUUCCUUCACUGUUUAAUGUGGCCACCAGAGUUUUGGCAGUGCCUGCUUGCUUGCAGUGCUCCAGGUGUACCCCGCCUCACCCGAAACGUUCACUGGAGAUAAGCACCAACUCUCCUUCUGACCCCACCAAGGGGGAGGGUGUACAGAAGAUGGACGGACGGACGGACGGGUACUGUAACCCAGAUAUGAACAGUGUCUGA